AUGUAUUUUGUAAUCGUAUCCGCUUUCUUGGGUAUUGCUUCCGGAACAAUAAUAGAACUAAUGGAUACCUCCAUGGACCCGGUCUCGCCAAAUUAUUGUAAUGAUAGCUCCGUGAUGGAAGGUGCUGGGCUCAUCAAAGCUACCAUGGGACAAUUUCUUGGCUACGAAUGCAGCCCGGAAUUUUACCAUUGUCGAUGGCAGAGUGAUGGGUUCCGAACAUACAGGAAGCAUUGCAAAACGGGUCUCGUAUACGAUGUACUUGGUACUCAAAAUUGCAAUUACGACUACAAUGUGAAGAGUUGUGGGCUGAGAGGCGGAGCUCUUUGUGCAGCCGAAGAAUUCGCCUGCAUUGUUUCCGAGGAAUGCAUUGACGGUAGCCGUCGUUGCAAUGGUAUAGCUGAAUGUAGUGAUGGAACAGAUGAGAUGAACUGUGAAGUUUGUGGGAAUGGCCUGUUUCACUGUGCAAAAAGUGGUGAAUGCAUUCCAUACGAUGAACGAUGCGAUGGAAAACGACAAUGUCCUCAUGGUGAAGAUGAGUUAUUGUGCAAAAAGAAUCCCAUGGAUCGGUCGUUCACUUGUCAGUCAAUGCGACAGAAAAUUCACAUGACACAGGUACGCUACCAAGCAAAGAACUUCAAGAAUUUAUUAUUUUUUUCGGUAUGUGACGGAAUGCCACAGUGCGAUGAUGGCUCGGACGAGAUGUACUGCCAAGCUGGGAUAGCAGCAAGUCACGGUGUUCAUGAAGCAGCUAUCUCCUUUUCCUCGAAUCCAAAUCCACCAGUCGAAGAAUUGAAUGAGGAUGACGCAGACGACUACGAGGAGGAACCUUCACCAAGCAAGGAUGAACCUUCAUUUCCUAUGCUAGCUAUCAACUUACCACCUCAACCAAGCGUCGUAGAAUUGAGUGAACCAUCACCUCCUCCUGCCGCCCCUCCACCAAGAACUCCAAUCGCCUCUUCGGGUGGCUUCAAUAAGAGAGUGCAGACGACUAUGAAGGCACAAGAAGCGGUAACCACCAAAGCUCCAGCCAAACUCACCCCUGUAAGCUCGAACCGAUAUCUGACAAAGCCACUGUCACAGGCGAAGGAAAGAGUACCGGCAGCUACGGGUUCCAAAGUGGCACCGCGUAAUGAGAAACCGAAGCAGCUGUUCGCUCAGCCUUUAGAGCAAGAAUCGCUGGACAUAGCGACGUCAACAGCACCGCCUGCAGUCGUUCAUGAAGUAAAAAUUUCUGGCUCCACAUUUCCCCCUCUCCCCACCGCUGUGGAUCCAAAAGCGAGGAUUAUGCAGCAGCUAGGAGCACAGCUUGAAGGACGGGUUUCACCGCAACUUUUGUCAAAGUUGGAAAAACUCUUAACAGAAGACGUAGAGUUCACGCCGCCAAAAUUGAAUACACCCGGAGUUGCAGUUGAAUCGUCGGCAUUGUUAUCUCAUAGUGCACCGUUAGCCUCUACCUCAUUGGUGCGGAAUUUUACCUCUAGGAUCCACAGAACUGAGAACCCAUAAUUUAUUGAUAAUGUAUAAAAAUUGUAAUUUCUUCUGAAGCUGGUGACUACUGUUAUUUUGCUUUGCUUUCCUCUUAUUGCAAUGUUGUUCACAAGCUCAACGCUGUCCCUUGCAUACCUUACUUUUGAUAUGAAAGUAAAAUAUGCUUUGAUAUUCCUGAAAUCUUCGUUGAGAAGCUUUCUGUGUUUACAAUUAUUCGCUCA